AUGGCCACAAACAAGAACCGGAACACUGUUAGGGCCCGCAAUGUGUCCUUGGAGACAACCGCCGAGCGUUUACAGCAUAUAGUCUCACAUCAUUUCGAGCCCUCAGAGAAUGAUACGAUAACAUGCGAGGUAACUCUUGCACCUACAUGCACAGACAAUGGAGAGACUCAAACGGCAAUCAUCAAGUUUAGUCCAUGCAUGCCUAAAUUUCUCAGCGGUCUUAGCCAGAAAAGAGUCCAGAUCAAGGUGAACGACAACGAGGACAUAGACAUCGACCAGGAUUUCUUUGGUCUUACUCAAUUGUAUCCGACAAGGACGAUCACAAUUCCUCUCGAUAUUGUCGCCGUCACAGGACUUAACGGCCAUGCUUUUGGUUCGUGGACGGGAGGGAAUGAGAGGAUGUGGCUCCGAGACUUUCUCCAUGGAGAUGAAUAUCUAAAAGCUUGCAGAACCAUGAUUUUCGGGUACAAUGCUAAAUUAAAAGAGAAAGCUACCCACAAGACCAGAGAUUUCGUCCGGAGUUUCCUUGUGGAGCUAAGGAAAGCUAGACAAUCUUCCGAGGAGAGAAAUCGACCAAUAGUCUUCUUGGGCCAUAACUUCGGAGGGAUUCUCAUUGCUCAUACACUUGUCAAGGCCAAAGAACUCUCCUACUUACCCGAACAUGAGGUUUAUGGGUCCCUGGUCAAAUCGACUCAUGCAUUACUUUUCUUUGCGGUGCCGCAUCGUGGUAUCACUCUUGAAGAUGUUGCCAAAAUGGUCGAAGAAGAGUCUGAGCCUCAUAGGGCAUCGCUGGUACAAGAAAUCAUUGAAUUAUCCGAUAGCAUAACUCCUGGCAUGGAGAGCUUCAUCAACAUGACCAUGGACAAAAAUAUUGUAUCAUUUUACGAAACACGAUUGACCAAAGCAGUCAUGAAAGUAUCCGUCAAUCUGCGGCUUACAUUUCGGCAGGAUGAGAACGGCAAGUAUGGGCGGUUCGGAGAGUAUAUACAGGUUCUGCCGGAACAGAUCGAAAAAGCAAUCCCCGUCGAUGGUGAUCAUUCAACAAUUGUCAAAUUCACAAGUCCUGCCAACGACACCUAUCAAACCGUACGCACCCUAUUGAGAAGUUACCUCGAGUCGGUUGGGAGCAAGAGGGGCUCUUCUCUUGCGGAUAGAAACACCAGUCUUCCGUAUGAUAGCCAACGGGAAGUCGCCAACAGCCUGGUGAAAUACUUCGCUGGCACACCAGACCCUAUACACCAGGCCCUGAGAUUAGCUGCUGACCUAGGUUUAACUGUUGAAGUGCGUUAUCUGCUAGAAAUGGGAGCGAACCCGAAUUUUUGGGACCCUGAGCAUCGACCACUGAGGACCCGGUCGUCCCAUUCAGUCAUACCAGCUGCCCCUCGAUGGGACAUUCGGUCCGAUGGAGACACAAUGAGACCAGGAGAGACUGCAAUUUUCAGAGCAGCCAUUCGCAACAACAAGGAAGUAGUUGAACUUCUGCUCCGGGUGGGGUCAAAUCCUAAUCUAGCAGCCGAGAGUGGAAAGACGCCUUUGCAUGAAGUCUCCCGCCGUGGUCAUCUGGCACUGGCACAGCUGUUGUUGGAGAACGGAGCAGAUCCAAAUGCACGAGACCCCAUGUGGUUAAGCACACCCCUUCAUGAUGCAGCGAGAGCGGGGACUGCUGCUGUGACACUCCUCCAACGAUAUCACGCCGAUCUCAACGCUCAACUGAAACACAACUUGGACACACCACUCCAUCUCGCAGUCCGCAACGGUCACGAAUCGGUGGUCUACUUCCUGCUUAAGAAUAACGCAAACCCUGUCGCCACGAAUAGUAGCGGUCGCCGAUCGGUACAUGAUGCAGCGCGAGCCGGCCGUGUUGGCUUGGUAUGCUGGUUGCUGGAACGGGACCCGAAGGGCGAGACAGAUCCACGCGAUAAAUGGGGGUGGACGCCUUUGCAUGAGGCAGCCCGUGGGGGUCACGAAAAUGUCGUAUGGUUGUUACUGAGACGAGGCGCGGAUAGGGAUGCUGCUCUGAGAAAUGGGAAACGAGCCACCGACUUAGCGGAGGAGGGUGGGCAUUCUGGAGUCAAAAAGCUCAUCCUGGCAUGGUCGAAACAAGCGGAGCUCGACACCCCUUAUGUUCCCAGCGCAGAACGGUCAAGAUAG